UUAUUUUUGUUUGGAUUUUGAAAUUUAUUGAGAGGGAUGAAAAGUGUGUUGCAAAUUGCAAUGAACGAAGAACUACUAAAUACCCUUUGACUACUUGCAUUGCACCUCUCUUCACAUUUUAUACUAUAUAUAAAUUUCUUCAUUUGAAAACAACAAAACAAAAAUCACACAAAAGAGGGUUUCUUUCCUCUGCCUCAUCUUCUUACCACACCCAAAAACAGUUCUUUUCUUCUUUUUCACUCUUUUCAAACAAAAAUUUAUUUAAAAAAGUACUAAAAAUCAAAACUUUAUAUCACAUUUCAUGCUUCUUUAGUACUCAAACUUCUGGGUGUUUCUCAUUUAUAGUGUUUCUGUAUAAAAAAGAAAGCUACUGUUGAAAAAAAACUUCUACCUUGUUAUUAAUUGCUGCACCCAGAAACAAAAAAUGAGUGCUUCAAAGUUUAUUAAAUGUGUCACUGUUGGAGAUGGAGCUGUUGGAAAGACUUGUAUGUUAAUUUGUUACACUAGUAACAAAUUUCCUACUGAUUACAUACCUACUGUAUUUGAUAAUUUUAGUGCUAAUGUGGCUGUUGAUGGAAGUAUUGUCAAUUUGGGACUCUGGGAUACUGCUGGUCAGGAAGAUUAUAGCAGGUUAAGGCCAUUAAGUUAUAGAGGUGCAGACAUAUUUGUGUUAGCUUUUUCUUUGAUCAGCAGGGCAAGUUAUGAAAAUGUUCUUAAGAAGUGGAUGCCUGAACUUCGUCGAUUUGCACCCAAUGUUCCAAUUGUACUUGUUGGAACAAAACUAGAUCUUAGGGAAGAAAGAGGGUAUGCUGAUCCUACUGGAUCAAAUCUCAUUACUCCUGCUCAAGGAGAAGAGUUGCGGAAGCAAAUUGGUGCUGCAGCUUAUAUAGAGUGCAGUUCUAAAACUCAGCAGAAUGUCAAAGCUGUAUUCGAUACCGCUAUUAAAGUUGUUCUUCAACCUCCAAGGAGGAAAGAAGUUCCUCGGAAGAAAAAGUGCAGAAAGUCUGGUUGUUCAUUUGUGGGCAUCAUGUGUGGAGGUUGUGCUGCCUAGUUGAUGGUGUUUAGCUAGGAAGAGGAAGCCCAUUCCUACUUUUUUUGUACAAGCAUUGCCAUUUUACUGUAACCAAAAAUUUAAGGAGCUUGAUUUCCGAGACUAAAGCAGCUGGUGUGUCGACUGUCGUAUGUGCACUCUACUAGUAAUUCGGUUUGUGGGUUUGAAUUUCGCACAAUCAAAUUAUCAAAUGUAUGUAAUGUGUUAUGGCUUAAGGAAUUAUAAGCUAAGUUUAAAAGCAUUUUGAGGGAAUUGUUCAUUCUCUCGUCGCUUACCGGUCUUUUUAACUCUUGUUUAGUUUCUUAGUUGUUUUGUAAGAGCAACUUCUUUGCAUUUUGUGAUAACCAGAUUCUGAACAUCUGUGUUCUUAAAGCUUUACUGUUGUUAUAAUCUUAUAUCAAGGAGCAAUUAUUUCAAAAUGGUUUGUUAUGUAAA